GUUAUAUUAUUUAAUAAUAAGAAUAAGCAUAAUAUUUUGUGGAUAUUUAUUUGGUAACAGCAAUAAUUUAGAGAAAUCAGACUUAAUGAUUAUUAUUUCCCAAGGAAAAGAAAGAUGGUGGAAGCGUAUUUGAAAAGGUGUCUUUCUGCAUAAAUAAGUGUAUGAUGGCUGCGUCCAUGGACCCCGAGAAACAUAUUGAGUGUUUAAUGAGCCAGUUAAAAACUGCAAGAAGCGAAAUUAACAAUUUGAGGCAACAAAUAAAAUCCUUGACACAUGCUCAUCGAAAGGAUUGUGAAGAGAUCCAAAGGAAACUGACAAAUUGGAAAUGCACAGAUUGCUUGAGCCGGGAAAAUCAUGGUCAGGGUACAAGCACUGCCAACAAGGAUGAAGAUGCAGAUUUAAGUUUGAAAUAUAUAGGAAAAGUCUAUACUCAAUUCCCUGAGAAGAGGGCAACACCAAGGCAACCAGGAAUAUGUCCAGACUUAAUAGCUAAGUUGACUUUAAAUAAUGACAUCCUUACUAAUCCCGAACAUGCUUUGGAAGGUCUGCAUGAAUAUUCUCAUAUGUGGAUACUUUUUCAUUUCCAUCGAAAUGAUUCUACACAUGUCAGAGCCAAAGUUGCUCCUCCCAGACUUAAUGGAUUGAGAACAGGAGUAUUUGCAACAAGAUCCCCACAUAGGCCAUGUCCCAUUGGAUUAUCUUUGGUUGAAAUAAGUUGCAUUGUGGACAAUACAAUUUUCUUCACAGGAGUGGACAUGGUUGAUGGAACACCUGUAUUGGACAUCAAACCUUAUAUUCCCCAAUAUGACAAUCCUCAUGCAGGUUUUCCAAGUGAUAAUACUCCUAUUUACCAAACCAAUGAUGUGUCAGACCAAGAGGAUUUAGAAGAAGAAAAUGUAAGGAUUAUGGAUGGUGAUGAAAAUGGUGGACAUUAUGAUGGAAACACCAGUAUUCAAAACUCCAGUGUAGAAGAAUCAUUUUAUAACAGAUCUAAUUCAAGAAUUGGGGAAAGAGAAGCACCAGAUGGAGAAGAAGGUGAAGAACCACCAUCUAGAUCAAUAAAUGCAACUGACAGGGCAAUGGCAGCAACAACAACAUCUAACAUGUCUGUGAGGGUACCAAAUUGGAUUGAUCAACCAAGAUCACCACAACCAAAAGUUCUCUUCAAAGAUUCAGUGCUGGCUCAAUUCAACGCAUAUUCAAAUGCUGAGGCUGAAGAAAAGAUACGGACCAUAAGACAAAUACUUAAAGAGGACCCUCGUUCCGUUUAUUUAAGAUCUCGGCUUGGUAGCAACUGUUAUGUGUUUAGGAUAGCUUCGUUGUACGUGUCUUGCAAGUUCAACGAUGAACAACACACGGUGACGGUCUUUAAAAUAUCUGAAAUGUCGGAUCCAUAAAUGUUAAUCACACGGUAUGAAAGUAGCCUUCAAAAUUAUAAAAAUAUGUGUAUGUGCAUUUAAUGUAUUGUGAUCUCUACUGUUUUAUCUUUUUCUAUCUGUCAUAGGUUAAGGAUUUUAUGCAUUGAAAUAAAGAUGGAAUAGCUUAAUU